ACACACUCACACACGGCUUCUGUUGAUUUGUUGUCAUAGCGACGUGUCUUUUCAACUUGAACACAGCGAGCGGGAGGCGGGCCGGUCGAUCUACGCACAGACAGACAACAUGUAUCGCAGCAGCGUCCAGAGCUGUCUCCCUGUUGCAAGAACACAAGCUGGAUCUUCAAGUACUGCAGUCCCUCCACGAAAAGUUGAGUCUUCCAGCACUUCAAAGCCUGCGCGACAAGAUGGGGCUUCAAAUCCACCAAUGUCUCCACUACAAGAAGAGAUUUAUGGAAUAUAUCUAUUCCUAAAAGAACUGAAAAAUAAUCCGUGUCUGGACAAAGGAAACUAUUCAGCGCCGAACAGCUUGAUAUAUUUUCAGUUUGAGGAGCACAAUGAUGUUGACCGACGGGAACUUGGGGAUUGGUUUGCUCUGACAGAUGCUGCUGAACUUAUCAAACGCGCUUAUGAAACUAUCCUUAAUUCCCUCGGGUUGAAAUGCCUAGCUGCAAGCAGUUACUUAAGUGACAGCGAUCUGGUUUUUAGAAGGAUGUACAAGCUCCGCGAUAUUUUGUGGAAUAAUACUGAAGCAAGUCUAGCUUUUGCAGAGAAAGUUUGUAACUCCGGGAUGUUGAAACAUUUUGUCCAUGAUCUGACACAGAUGAAGGUGGGGCUUGCUGUUAAAGAAGAUGGCGAGCUUGACGAGACGUUUGAUGGGUCAAUCUCCAUCCUUCACAACUGCUCCAGAAAUCCUACGACCAGACAACCUCUCCGGGAGCUCAAGACAGUUCCAGUCCUGCUGCCAUAUCUCAAGUGUACGUCAGAAGUGGGUAAGCUGCAGACGUUGUUUACUCUCGCCAACCUCGUGGACGACACGGAAAAUGAACUCCUUUUGGCUGACAGCACCGUCUUUGACGUCCUGUUUGAUAUGGUCAAAGAAGCAUGGAAGGACGAGGAGCACCGAUACCUGGGACUAAGCGUUGAAGGUUCUGUUGGUGGAAUGACUUGAUUAGCCAAAAAUGACCAAAACAAGACAGUGCUUAUGAAUAAGGGGGCUGCGACAAUUCUUAUGGAUAUUAUUAAAGAUGGAUAUGAAGAGGAGAAGGAACACGCUGUGAAAUGUAUUUGGGAACUGUCUUUUGAUAAAUCUAUUAAGGAGGAAUUUAAAGGCGACAAUCGGUUGCGGCAGUUGCUUGGUGAACUGCAAUCAUCCUCUCGAGAAAGCAUUUCGAAGGCAGCGGAUGGAGCUAUGUGGCAAAUCGGGGCUGAGGAGGGGCUCGAUAAUGAUUCAAGUCGUGCAGAGAUCAGAUCUGGGGGCGGUCGGAAAGGAUCUGUGAUGUUAAGUUACCACUGGGCUGACCAGCAAGUGGCACUGAAGGUAGCUGACUCACUACGCAAGAGAGGUUACAAAGUCUGGAUGGACAUCGACAACAUGGAGGGCUCCACACUGCAGGCGAUGGCGGAGGCCGUUCAGAACGCGUCUGUGGUGUUGGUGUUUAUGUCGGAGAGAUACAAGCUGAGCCAGAACUGCAGAUCAGAAGCUGAAUACGCUUUUGAUUUGAGAAAGACGAUCGUUCCUCUGCUGAUCCAGAAGGCGUAUAAACCAGAUGGAUGGCUGGGUUUAAUCGCAAGGACACUCAACUUUAUGGACUUCACGGGAAAAUACCUGUUUGAUCAGAAAAUGUCUGAUCUUGUGAAGAGCCUUGGGAAGUUAUUGCGCUAGAAACUAAAUACCUUAACGUUGGUUACUACGUAAUGAAGCGUAAUGUGUUGUUCACAUAUAUCACCAAUUGUUAAAGUUCAAGACAAAGUACACCGGUAAUGGCUCACCGAAGGGCACAAGCACGUUAUAGCUGCAGGCGUCGUCAGAGACUGUAUGGGACGUCUCUGUUGUGUUGGUGUGUUUGUCCGAACGAUGAGGCUCUGAGUCAGAAAAUGCUUCGUAAUUUUUCCUUUUGAUUGACGUUUAGUCGUUAUAACUUGCUUGAUCUGCUUGUACUAGGUGCAAAGUGCUUUCAGAUAAACUAAACAUUUGUUUCUCCUUUGGUGCAUAUAGAUUGUACCAGGAUUUAUCAUACAUGGAUAAAGUCAACGACGCGUAAACCAGUCCGAUAAAUAUUUAAAUGAGCUCACAAAUUACAGGAACUUUUUUUAGUUAGCUCCAAAUAUCGAUGCGAUGACUACUAUCUAACAUCCCCAUUGCCCUCUGUCCUCAAAACGUUGAGAUGGACGUUUCCCAAUGUGUGGGUGCUUAUGUAGCCUUCACGGCUCCAAAUCAUUUGGCACUAUAUAAUGAAUGGUGCGGUUCAUUCAGGCAUGCUUGUAUUCAUACGCGGUUUAUAAAGUUACUUUUGUAAAACAAUACUAUUAUUACACUGUAAGAUUGACAGUCAUUAUAUUAUAAACUCUUAUUUUUCUCGUGUUUCCGUAUCGUACAUAUCAUGUGUGAUGAAUAAAUAGCAGGUACUAUGCUCGCCAAAGGCUGACAUAA